AUGCUGCUAAGUGCCUCGCUGCAUCGCCGCUGGUACGCCCCGGGCGAUGUUGUUCGUUCCGAGGUCUGCCUCUAUGGGCUGUCAAAUCCACCAGGCAGCGCUUCUAAUGGGGUUUCAGUGCACAUUGGGCGUGUUGAUAACUACUUCGCUGACGUGGAUGUUGAUGCUCUUCCGGUGGCUCGAGUGAAGUCGCUAAUGGCCCAAAUUGUAGGUGUUUGUGCUGUGGAUUCUAGGCGCCUCCAGUACGCGCUGGCGGGGGAGCGGGCGGCGGCUGAGCGCUGCCGAACGCUCGUUGACGACAAGCUAUCGAAAUACUACAAUGUCUACAGACUCUUCUGCUCGGAUGCGGUUUGCCUGGCAAGUAAUUUGCCCCUACGUGAGCGGGAGUCGAGGGCGCUGGUUGUGACUUUCACUUUGCCCGAUUACUUGCCGCCCUCGUUUCGGGGUCAAUGCAUCCGCUUUUAUUACGCCCUUCACCUGUCUGGUGUUCGAUGCGGUCCACGGGAGUUGAGUGCGCCCGUAAAGCUAUGCAUCCCCAUUAAAGUGUACUCGGCACAGGCGAUUCUAACUCCACUGCUGCUUUCUGCGUCGUUCCCGCUGGAUAGGUUUGACUUUAGACCAAAGGUCGUUAUUCGACAGUCGGCACCGUCACCUGCCUUGACGGGGCCACUUCAAAAUGCCCUGGCCCCUGCGGAAGUGGAAGACUUUGACGCCCGCAUUCUUUCUAAUCGGGCACUACACGCACGGGCCAGCCAAUUAGCGAGGCAACGCACCCCUCUGGAGUUCCCUUUAUGUUUGGAAGGAGAAUUAGCUCUGACAGUAGCGCUGACCUCAACGACGGUGAUGAUUGGAGACUCUUUGAACGGUAUAUUUGUAGUGAAGGGUAAUUCCACCUUCCAACCAGUGAAGGUUCUUGGUAGUUUGGAGUUUCUUGAGUGUUGCUCAGCCAAACACGUGAAAAGUGGCGUCUCUUGCCAUUCGCUUCCGGGAUGGGGGAAAGAGCUUGUUGUCGCGGAAACAACGGUGGUGGAGGAAUUUGACUGGGUUCUGCUUGAUCGUGCCUCUGCUCGCUUUUCUGUUUCUCUCACGAAUCCAAAUAUCUACUCAUCGAUGCACACAGAUGUCGUGACUUCAUGUUGGCAGUUACGGCUACGCUUCCUAUGGUGCAGGUCAUCCGUGCUGCGGCAGUGCCGGGCAACGCAUUGUGAGGAACUGAAGAUAGAAGAAGAGGAACCGGAGCUUGUCGUGCCGUUGAUCGUCGUGCCACCGUUUCAGUGUGAGCAGCUACCAUGCAAAGGCGUAACGCUGCAGGUACUCUGCUGA